GGGCAAAGCUGAGGCCCGUACUUCAAACAAAAGGCAGCCAAUUACUAACUUCUGGUUGCUAGGUGUGGCCUCCUUUCCAAUCCUAUAAAAUAAGCCCAAGGCUUCACUUCUAGCCUGCAACCUUCAGAGAAGAAGCUGUCUUUAGUUCCUUGGAGGAAGGCAAAACAAAAGAUUCAUCUCUUAAAAUGGCAAUGGUAUCAGAAUUCCUCAAGCAGGCCUGGUUUAUUGACAAUCAAGAGCAGGAAUAUGUUCAAACUGUGAAAACAUCCAAGGGCGGCCCUGGGUCCGCGGUGUACCCGUAUCCUAGCUUUGAUCCAUCCUCUGAUGUCGAGGCCUUGCACAAAGCCAUCACAGUUAAAGGCGUGGAUGAAGCAACCAUCAUUGACAUUCUAACUAAGAGAAAUAAUGCACAGCGUCAACAGAUCAAAGCAGCAUACCUCCAAGAAAAGGGAAAGCCCUUGGAUGAAGCUCUGAAGAAAGCCCUUACUGGUCACCUUGAAGAAGUUGCUUUAGCUAUGCUAAAAACUCCAGCCCAGUUUGAUGCUGAUGAACUCCGAGCUGCCAUGAAGGGACUUGGAACAGAUGAAGACACUCUGAUUGAAAUUUUGGUAUCAAGAAAUAACAAAGAGAUAAAAGACAUUAACAGAGUCUAUAGAGAGGAAUUGAAAAGAGAUCUGGCCAAAGACAUUACCUCAGACACAUCUGGAGAUUUUCAGAAGGCUUUGCUUUCUCUUGCUAAGGGUGACCGAUCUGAGGAUUUUGGAGUGAAUGAAGAUUUAGUUGAUUCGGAUGCCAGGGCCUUGUAUGAAGCAGGAGAAAGGAGGAAGGGUACGGAUGUGAACGUAUUCACUACCAUUCUUACCACCAGAAGCUAUAACCACCUUCGCAAAGUAUUUCAGAGAUACACCAAGUACAGUCAGCAUGACAUGAACAAAGUUCUGGACCUGGAGUUGAAAGGUGACAUUGAGAAAUGCCUCACGGCCAUUGUGAAGUGUGCUACAAGCAAACCAGCGUUCUUUGCUGAGAAGCUUCACCUGGCCAUGAAGGGUGCUGGAACUCGUCAUAAAGCAUUGAUCAGGAUUAUGGUUUCCCGCUCUGAAAUUGACAUGAAUGAUAUCAAAGUAUACUAUCAGAAGAUGUAUGGUAUCUCUCUUUGUCAAGCCAUCCUGGAUGAAACCAAGGGAGAUUAUGAAAAGAUCCUGGUGGCUCUAUGUGGAGGAAACUAAACAUCCCUUCGAUGGUCUCAAGCAUGAUCAGAAGACUUUUUAAUUAUAUCUUUUACUCUAUACCAUAGGCUUAAAUGGGAAGUUUCUUCAGCAAGAUUAUAGUCUGGCUCCUGACUUUCUGAACAAUAUAGCCUAUAGCCUAUAAGUAAUUUUUAUAUCACAACUCUGUAUAAUAGAGAUAAGCUCAUUUUUUAAAAAAUAUGUUUACCAUAAGCCAUAAAAUGCCAUAAACAAGUUGUUCUAGUAAUAUUACUUGAGAAAGCUGUUUAUGUAACUGAAAAUAAAAUGAUGUUAUAAUACAG